AAAGAUGGCUGUGAGAAUGGCCCUGUUCAGGUUUUGGAGGGGACGAGGAGACGAAGGUUUCUCCUAGCAAACAGGACUCUUGAUUCUGAGCAGUGGACAGCCACAGUAAGAGUAUAAAGUGUAGAGUGAGGGUGCAACACUCCUCAACGAGCGAAGAAGUGAUUCUUGGUGGGGUUGCUCAGGAAUCUGAAAUGGACAACAAGAAAAGCAGAGUCUUGAUCGUCGGAGCGACCGGGAACUUGGGCCACGAAUUGGCCAAAGCCAGCCUCAACUUCUCGCACCCGACCUUCGCACUCGUGAGAGAGACUGCUUUCGCCGACCCCAACAAGCUGGUCAAGCUCCGGUCUCUCUCCGAUGCUGGUGUUACCCUCCUCAAGGGUUCAUUGCAAGAUGAGGAGAGUCUCAUUGAAGCAAUCAAGAAAGUGGAUGUUGUGAUUUGUGCUGUGAGCUCCACACAGGUCCCAGAUCAGAAACUGCUGAUUCAGGCCAUCAAGAAAGCUGGCUCUAUCAAUAGGUUUAUUCCUUCGGAAUUUGGUUUGGACCCAGACAAGGUUCACAUAUCUGGCAUGGACUACAACUUCUACUCAAGGAAGGCCCAAAUAAGGCGUCUUGUGGAGGCUGAAGGCAUUCCUUAUACCUUCGUAUCUUGCAACUUUUUCAUGAGCUGUUUACUUCCAUCCCUGGUUCAACCGGAGCUCAAGGCACCUCCAAGGGACGAGAUCAAAAUUUAUGGAGACGGAAAUAUAAAAGGUGUCUUCGUGAAGGAAUGUGAUGUCGCAGCAUUCACCAUAAGUACAUUGGACGACCCGCUUACACUGAAUAAGGUUUUGUACUUGAGGCCCCCAGGUAAUGUCUACUCCAUGAAUGAGCUAACCGAUAUUUGGGAGACCAAAAUCAAAAAGAAGCUCCAGAAGACGUACGUAUCAGAAGAAGAGCUUCUACAUAAAAUCAGAGAGACUCCGUAUCCAGACAACAUGCUGUUCAUUUUCAUAUAUUCUGUCUUCAUAAAGGGUGAUCAAACGUACUUCGAUAUAGAGUCGUCUCGGGGUUUGGAGGGGACACAACUGUAUCCACACUUGAACUACACUACCAUCAGUGAGUAUUUGGACACCCUUGUGUAGCAGCUAUGUUUAGGUUUCUCCGAAAUGUGUAACUCUGCAUUUUUCUUCUCAUAUGUGCUCCAUUGUUCAUGAGCACACCGAACAUGAUAUUUUCUACUGAAUUGAAGAAGGUAGCUUCCAUAAAUUCAUGAGGGUAAAGAUUUAACA